UUCGAGCAGCAGUAGAAGCCCCGCCCCGUCAGGUGAAGUGCUGUGACAGCGAGAGAGGGACGCAGUAACAGACGCGGUGACAGCAAGACUCACAGGGACUAACUAUGGCUCCAGCCGGGCGGAACGUGUAUGUGGUGGGAGUGGGGAUGACCAAGUUUGAGAAGCCUCGAGAUGCUAUGGAUUAUCCUGACAUGGCCAAAGAAGCAGGUCAGAAGGCCCUGGCAGAUGCAGGGAUCCCGUACUCAUUGGUGGAGCAGGCGUGUGUCGGAUAUGUAUAUGGUGACUCCACGUGUGGACAGCGUGCCAUCUACCACAGCCUGGGACUGACUGGGAUUCCUAUCAUUAACGUUAAUAACAACUGCUCAACAGGAUCCACUGCACUCUUCAUGGCCCGACAGCUGGUUCAGGGAGGGCUGGCAGACUGUGUUCUGGCUUUGGGCUUUGAGAAGAUGCAGCGGGGCUCUCUGCAGGCUAUGUUCACAGACCGGGCGAACCCUAUAGACAAGCACUUAGAGGUUUUAAUGAACAAGUACGGAGUGGAGCCAGUACCAGUGGCCCCCCAGAUGUUUGGCAGAGCCGGAAAAGAACAUAUGGAAAAGUACGGUACGAAGCAGGAACACUUUGCAAAGAUUGCUUGGAAGAAUCACAAGCAUUCCACAAACAACCCACUGUCACAGUUCCAGGAUGAGUAUACGUUGGACCAAGUGAUGAAUUCACGGAAAAUCUUUGAUUACCUGACACUGCUGCAGUGCUGCCCAACAUCAGAUGGCGCAGCAGCAGCGGUGUUGGUGAGUGAAGACUUUGUGCACAAACACGGUUUGGAGCGACAGGCAGUGCACAUCCUGGCACAGGAGAUGGUGACGGACACCCCCAGCUCAUUUGAGGACAGCUGCAUCAAGAUGGUUGGAUACGAUAUGACUAAGACAGCAGCAGAGAGAUGCUAUGAAAAGGCUGGCGUGAGACCUGAGGAUCUGGAUGUUAUUGAGCUUCAUGACUGUUUCUCUGCAAAUGAGCUCAUUACAUAUGAGGCUCUGGGGCUCUGCCCAGUAGGCAAAGCUGGAGAGCUGAUAGACCGAGGGGACAAUACAUAUGGAGGCCGUUGGGUCAUAAAUCCAAGUGGUGGUUUGAUCUCCAAGGGUCACCCGCUGGGAGCAACAGGCCUGGCACAGUGUGCAGAGCUUUGCUGGCAGUUAAGAAGUCAGGCCGGUCGCAGGCAGGUUCCAGGAGCUAAACUCGCCCUACAGCAUAAUAUUGGUCUGGGAGGAGCAGUGGUGGUGACGCUCUAUAAGAUGGGAUUCCCAGACGGUGCCCCCAGCUCCGCUCGUAUCCAGAUGUCUCCAACCAGCGCAGAUGACGGCUUUAAAGCUCAAUUUGUCUUCAACGAAAUUCAAAAGAAGCUACAAGAGGAAGGGGAACAGUACGUUAAAAAGAUUGGAGGAAUCUUUGCAUUCAAAGUGAAAGAUGGACCUGGGGGCAAGGAGGCAACAUGGGUGGUUGAUGUUAAGAAUGGAAAAGGAUCUGUGGCCUUUAACUCAGAUAAGAAAGCAGACUGCACUAUUACUAUGGCUGACUCGGACCUGCUAUCUCUGAUGACAGGAAAAAUAAAUCCUCAGACGGCUUUUUUCCAGGGCAAGCUGAAGAUCACCGGCAAUAUGGGUUUGGCCAUGAAAUUGCAGAGCCUACAGCUGCAGCCGGUAAAAGCCAAGCUCUGAGGUCCCUGAAAGUUUCAGCUCACAGAGACACAGGAAGAACACAGUGGCUCUCUCAGAGCAAUGACAAUUGCUGCAGCAUUAUGAGGACCUGUUGUUCCCAGUAACCCUUCACUUCCAGAUCAGACCUGUGCUCAGAACAAUGUAUCUACCCGGAUGCACCCAGGGUUGUAAUACUAUAUCCAGCUCUGGGUUCCUUCAUUUGUCUAUGUGCAUGCAUACAUUUAUUUGUGUGUAUGUGUACAUAAGUGUGAGUGUGCAUGCUUACGUGUGUGUACGUGUUAUGUACGUAUGUGCAUACUUACAUAUGUAUUUGUGCUUAUGUAUGCAUGUGUAUACAUAAGUGUGUGUGUGUGCAUAUGUACAUCUCUGUGUGUGUGUGUGCAUACUUACACGUGUAUUUGUGCUUGUGUAAAUGUGUGUGUGUGCAUACAUGUGUAUUUGUGCUUAUGUAUGUGUGCAUUUGUACGUGUGUGCAUACAUACUUGUGUGUUAUGUAUGUGUGUGCGCCUACGUACAUGUUUGUGUGUGCUUACUUACAUGUGUAUUUGUGAUUAUGUACGCGUGUGUAUACAUAAGUGUGUGUGUGCAUAGGUACAUCUUUGUGUGUGUGCAAACUUACAUGUGUAUUUGUGCUUAUGUAAAUGUGUGUGUGUGUGUGCACAUACAUAUAUGUGUAUUUGCAUACGUAAGUGUAUGUGUGCAUACUUGUGUGUGUGUGUACGUGUUAUGUAUGUGUGUACACAAGUGCGUAUGUGUGCAUACUUACAUGGGUAUUUGUGAAUACCCACGUGUGUGUGUGUGCGCAUGCGUACAUAUGCGUGUGUGGUACUGUACACUACAGACCCCUCUGGCAGUGAAGGGUGUAAAGUACAACAGGAUAGAAAUACUGCAUUCUUGCACGUUAACUGCUGCUAGCACUGAAGAUUUCAGGUACUCUCCCCCCUCUUGUCUAAUGAUUACCUCAUCGUCACUAACACAUGCAGAGUAUUCCUGAAGCAGCAUAGAGUUGUGGUAAUUGCAGUAAUUUCAGUGAUUGCAGGAAGGGAGAAGACGCUGACGCUCUCUGCACGUUACUCUUGUGGAGGUCCCAGCAGGGGCUGGAUACUGCGUCUCUCAAUAGUUAUUAAUAGUAAAAAAUAACUAAUUUCCUAAAUGUAUAUUUUUCUUUAUCAAAAUAAAUCCUUUCCUCAUA